AGUCCAUUGUUGCACGGCAAGACGACAUACACACAGCAAUUAUGCAACCAACGAGGUUAGCGAUGGCGGCCGCCCGCGGCCAGAAGCCCAACGUCACCGGCUUCGACAUGAGAGCCUUCAAGGAGGCGGCUGGCCAGCCCAGAUACGACCCCUGGGAGAGAGCAGAGUCCUGGAGAUACAAAGGCCCCUUCACGCGAUUCAACCGGUUCAAGGGAUCCUUCCCCGGCCUCGGCAUCGCGACCGUCGCCUUUGCCGGCUACUGCGCGUACGAGUACUUCUUCUUGACCGACGACCACCACCACGGCGACGCCCACGGAAAGGAUCACCACUAGAGUACUGGAACGGAUUGGCUGUGGGGAGACGGAGAGGGGGAAUACUCCGCUGUACAUGUACCUCUCGAACCGGCAGACCGGCUCGCUGGAAGGAUUUAGAUGAGGACGAAAUUGGUUUUCCGCUAUCAAGGUGCUGUGGCCCUUUGACGUGCCGUAAGAAGUGCCAUGGCCCUGGUGUCAGAGGUUGUGUGUGAAUGUGUUUGCAGAGCGUUCCCUA